AUUCGUACCCGAUACCCUGCAACUCCCUCUUUCUUCCCCCCUGGGACUCUAUUCAAAGUUCAAAAGCCCCACCCCCACUUUUCACCUUGUCACCACACCUCUCUCCCUAGGGUUCUCCAUUACAGGACUAUUCAAGGCUUUAGUUUUGGCUUGCAGGCUGCUACCAUAUCUUUGGGCCUGUUUGUAUCUUUUUUAAAGUCAUGGUCGGAGAAAGCUAAGUUGAACAAGGCAAAGGAAACUCCUAGAUAUCGAGCAUGGAUCAAUCUGAAGAUCAGCAACAACAGCAGCAGCAGCAGCAGCAGCCAACGACAGGAGCAAGUGCAGGUCAAGUGUCCUACUCGACCCCCUACCAAACUGGACCUAUGGUGGUGUCAGGUGCCCCUGCAGUAGCAGUCAAUUCAACCCAGCCUGCAGCUGCCUUCUCUGCUUCUCAACACCAGCUUGCGUACCAGCAGGCUCAACACUUUCACCACCAACAGCAGCAGCAACAACAACAGCAGCUUCAGGUAUUCUGGGCCAACCAGAUCCAAGAGAUCGAGCAAACAACCGACUUCAAAAAUCACAGCCUCCCGCUUGCUCGGAUCAAGAAGAUAAUGAAGGCUGAUGAGGAUGUUCGGAUGAUAUCAGCCGAGGCUCCAGUUGUAUUUGCAAAGGCCUGUGAGAUGUUUAUCUUGGAAUUGACACUGCGGUCAUGGAUCCAUACAGAGGAGAACAAGCGACGAACACUGCAGAAGAAUGACAUUGCUGCUGCGAUAACGAGGACUGACAUAUUUGACUUCCUAGUUGACAUUGUUCCAAGGGAUGAGUUGAAGGAAGAAGGACUUGGGAUUCCUCGGGUACCCGCAGUAGGUGCCCCAGCAGAUUCUAUCCCAUACUACUAUGUGCCUCCACCUCACCAAGUAGGGGUCCCAUCAGCAGCACUAUAUGCUUCCCAGCCUCGCCCACCUGUGCCAUAUGUGCCUAGCAUCCCAUGGCCUCACCCACCUCAGCAGCAACAAACUGAGCAAUCUCAACAGCAUCAAACCAAUGUCUGAUGGCGCCUGCGGCAAGGGCUGUUUCAAAGUUCUGCUCAUGCUGUUUAAUGUCCAGUAGUGAGUGAUGUGUUUCUAAUCUAUAAGGCGGCUUGUGGUAGUUUUUUCUUUCUUUCUUUGGGUAGGCGGGGGUGUGGGGUGGUGUUUUAAUUUUGCAACAGGUGUUAGUGGUGUCUAUUAUGUGUUAGUCAUGGUUUAUAUAUUAUCUGUUCUAGUGGCAAGUUUUAGUAAUCUUGUAACAGGUGUUAGUGGUGUCUAUUAUGUGUUAGUCAUGGUAUAUUUAUUUUCUGUUAUAGUAGCAGGAUUUAGUAUUUAGUAAUACUUGGUUUCAUUGAAGAUUUGAGUGGCAAUUUUCUGAA